CCAAAUUUGGCGGUAAAUGGUGAUGGCUUUUUAAAUGUCUGCCCGGCUCUCAGCUCAUCCACUUUAACCUGAGAACACUAAUGAAAGAUUUUGAGAAGAGUGAAGUCACACCAUGGGGAUUCAAGGAUUGCUACAGUUUGUUAAGGAAGCAUCGGAACCAAUUCACAUCAAGAAAUACAAAGGACAGACUGUAGCACUGGAUAUGUAUUGCUGGCUUCAUAAAGGUGCCUUUGCAUGUGCUGAUAAAUUAGCAAAGGGGGAACCAACUGACCAAUACGUUAAUUAUUGUUUGAAAUUUGUUGAAAUGUUGGAUUCCUUUGGUGUUAAACCAAUCCUGGUUUUUGAUGGAUGUACAUUACCUUCCAAAAAAGAGGUAGAAAAAGCCCGAAGCAUACGUAGGCAAACAAACUUGCAGAAAGGGAAGCAGCUCCUACGUGAAGGCAAGACAGCAGAAGCCAGAGAGUGCUUUACUCGCUCUGUCAAUAUAACACCUGCAAUGGCUCAUGAGGUUAUAAAGGCUGCAAGAGCAAAAGGAAUGGAUUGUAUUGUAGCACCUUAUGAAGCUGAUGCUCAAUUGGCUUAUUUAAACAAGAUUGGCAUAGCUCAAGCAGUAAUCACAGAAGAUUCCGACCUGUUGGCAUUUGGAUGUAAAAAGGUUGUACUAAAAGUGGACAAGUGUGGGAAUGGCAUUGAAAUUGACAAGGCUCGUUUUGGCAAAUGCAAACAACUGGGAGAUGUCUUCACUGAAGAGAAGUUUAGAUACAUGUGCAUUUUAUCAGGGUGCGAUUAUUUGCCAUCUAUCCAUGGAAUUGGUUUAGCCAAAGCAUGCAAAUUGCUGCGGAUUACUAACAAUCCAGAUAUCACAAUGGUGAUCAAGAAAAUGGGACAAUAUUUGAAGACAAAUGUGAUUGUACCAGAUGAAUAUAUAGAUGGCUUCAUCAGGGCAAAUAACACAUUUCUAUACCAAUUAGUGUUUGAUCCAUUGAAGCGGAAGCUUGUUCCUUUAAAUGAUUAUUCUGAUGGUGUUGAUCCAAAAUCUCUUGACUAUGCUGGGCAUCACUUUGGUGAUGAGAAGGCUCUUCAUAUUGCUCUUGGAAAUAUAGAUAUUAAGACUUCAGAAUUCAUAGACAACUUCAAUCCAUACACUUCACAGAUUCUGACAAGAAGGUCCAGUGGGUGGAAUGACAAUGAGACAAAUAAGAGAGCUCUGCAUAUGCUCAGUAUAUGGAACAAAGAAUAUAGACCAUAUGGAAAUGAACUUUCAGUCCCAAAAGCAGAACUAUCACCAGAAAAGCCUUGCACCCGAAAUAUGGAACAAGUGAUCAAUAUUAAAAAUUUAAAACUUCUCAACAGAGUGGUACUGGCUAAAAGAGUAAGAGAAGAUGAAAGUCUGUCAGAUGGAGACUUGUUAAGUCAGUACACAUUUCCAAAUGAUAAGAAAACUAAAAAAGAUGUAGCAGAGUGCCUGGAUGUACCGUCUCCUUCCGAACUGGAGGUACCCUUGGACCGCUCAGUCACUGAGGAAAGCCCAAGACCACACUCCAAGAUCCGGAACCGAUUUGCUACCAUUUUACGAAAACGAAAUGAGGAUUUGGGCACCGUUGUUGUUCCUGGAACCAGAAGCCGGUUCUUCUGUACAGACAAAGAAGUUCGUAUUCCUGAUCAGAACACUGAAACCAGUGUAGUAUCUAAUGCAACAGAGGAAUUGAAGGACUCAAGCCCGAUAGACUCCUGCAAGAGUGAGAAGAAUGAUAUUUUGUCAAGUAUAUGCAGCAAUGAAGGAGAACAGGAUGAAAAGCCGCUUGAAAAUCUGAACAACAGUUCAAGUGCAGUUCCUGCAGGGUUUCACCCGGAUCCCAGGAGAAGCUUAAGUGCUUUCAGUUGGUCUGGAGGAAUGAGAGCCAAAGCUAAAGUUUCGAGCCCUGCUUCUGGUUUAUCUGUAUUACAGCAGUUCCACAGAAAGGUGGCACACUCAUCUCAGAAUAAAUGUACUGAUGGUAAAAUAGUAACAGAAACAGACCAGAAUGUAAACCAGCAGCUACCAAACCUUCCAAAACAAUCUGAAAAAUCCCAGGAUGACAACUCUGAACUAAUGGACUCCCCACAAUCACCUCUCAAAACCCGGACUUCUCUAUGCACUUUAAAUUCCUUGGAUUCAUCUCAAUUAUUCACAAGUUCUGAAUUGGAUGAAGCAAAUGAUGAUGCAACAUCUAAUGAUCAAAGUUCCGGUCCCCUCACUCUGCUUUCUUUGCCUGAGAAAACCACUGUAACUGCUAAGCAUAGGGUUCCUGGAUUACAAAGACUGAACCCUGGAUCUGCUAGAAAGUACACUAAACUGAAGCUUCCAGGACCAGCUAAAGCCAGUGGGUUAACGAAAAGAUCACUGAAAUCUGCCCCAAACAAUGAGAACAAGCCUGAAAUACAGGCCACAAUCAAUGACUUAUGGAAGAAAUUUGAGUUUAAGCGGAAAUCUAAGAUGUUUCAACUCAGUGAAAAGUUUGACCCAAUGUCCCCCAUCAAGGACAACCUGCAAAUCUUGACCCCAGAGACUGACCAAAGUGUUUUAUUGAGAUCUGAAUGUAUUUCUGUGCAGCGAGCCAUACAAUGGUGACAAAUCUAUGACGAGGUUUAAAAUCAAUUCAAUGUAAUUAGCAAUGUCUGUAUAAAAUUAAUUUAUCAUCUGAAAAUGACAUUUAAUUUGCAGAUUAUAUGCAAUCACUUAAAUUACAACUAUUAAACAGAUUUUUGUAAACAAAAAAACAUCAUUGGUUUUGAUAAUAACUGCAUUUUAUUUUGUCAAAGAAAUGUAAUUUAUUUUCUUUGGUUUACAUUCAAAAGAGUGGAUUCAUAACUCAUUUCUGAUUGUUUCUUAAAGUAGAGAAGGUUAAAUGUUUCAUGCUGCAGUAACAUUAAAGAGUUUGUGUCCUCCCUAAACCAAGGAGAUUGUACUGUAGGAGAGAAUUGCACUAUGAGGCCAGCAAAUAGAACAUUGCUCUCAACAAGUAAAUCCACUUGCCAUAUCGGUACCAAAUUGAGCUGUUUUAGAAAUGCAGGCAGUUGUACCAGCCUAAAAGAUAAAUAGAGGAUGCAAGGAUUUUUUUUUAAUUUUUAACACUUAUCCUGUGGAUCGCAAGCACCAAUGAGUCUGCACUCUGUUUACAGCAUGAGCAAUGAAAGUAAGUUCACCACACCACACACUAUAUUGACUCAGGUAUGAAACGUAAUUUUAAUAUUGUCCUGCCCUGCCCUACCCUCUCUACCUGGAUUCUUGCCCAAUUUAUUAUUGUGUAGCUGAUCAUAAUCGAUGAAGUGCAGCUAUUGAGAAUAUAUUUGUCAGAAUGGUUUUGUUAUCAAGUUUAUAUAGUUGUAGAAAGGAAGGAAUUUUAACUUGCUUUUACUUGCAUCAAGUUAGUCCCAUAAUAAUGUCAAGCAUGGCUCAAUUAUGCCACUUUUGUUUCUAGAAGGUUUUGAGUUCAAACCCCACUCUUAAGGAACAGAAUCGACGAACGAUGGUCUUUGGUGCCAUCUUUUGAAUGCAGUGAUAAUUAAAGCCCCUUUCCCCACCACAUUUGCCCACCAAGUUAGAGAUGUAACAGUAUAAUUGACUGCUGUGGUUCUUGCACUCAUAAUAUUGAUGGUACUUCCCAUUUUCUCAUUGGAUAUAAAAACAGUCUGAAUUUUGAGGUUUUGAAAUGCUUCCAAGUUCAUAGUAAGAAGCUAAUAUCCAGAAGCUAAUAAGCAAAUUUUGAUAAUUAAUGGAGUUAAUAUUGUAGGCUGCUAAUUCUCAGGGUGGGCAGUUUGAGCUCAUCAAUAUUUAUGAGUUUUGCCUGCCCUCUUUCUUCACUGCCGCAAAUGUUCUGAAAUUUGCUUCAUGAGGUAAAUAUUUCAGGAAUUUGCUUCUGGAGCAACUGUGCUAUAAGAUGACAAAGCUGCUUUAGUUAAGCUUGGUGGAAGUGAUAUAUAGAUUAAAUUCAAACCAAGACAGUUUGCAGUACAGUGUAGAGACAUGGUUUUGCCUGCAAAUUGUUUGUAAUCUUAGGCUAAUUUUGUAUGUUCAUUCAAAUGAAUCAAUCUAUUGACCAUAUCUAUUUUGGU